AUGGCGGUCGAGGGCGCCACGCAGGCCCUCAUCGCGGCCUUUUUUUUCGGAAUUGUGUUGAACGCGGCAUCCGCGUCUCUCGUUCUCUUUCUCGGGGGCUAUGGACUCACCGCGUUACUCAGGGACAGCCAGAGGCUGGUCCUCGUUCUCUUUCUUAUCAGCGCAGCCCUGUGGGCUCUGACCGACUUUAUAACGAUUCUUCUCGACAUUACCACUUCGUCGACCCCAUGCCAGGUUGGCAUUGUCUUUUCUACCACAUUCGACCAGUUUGCGAGGUUUUCGAUCGAACAGUUCCUCCUCUGGGCCUUGAACACUAGCAAUGGGGCGAAGCUUCCCGUCUUGCAGCUCGUCGCCCAGGGUCUGGUCCUGGCAAGGUUUCUCGCUGGCGCUGUCUUCAUCGGCUUCGCCCGUCCUCAGACGGAUACUUUCUGUGUGGCCACGACCUCCGAGCUUCCUGUUGGAAUCCUUGUUACUGCCAUUGACGGAGCCAUCGCUUUGCUCCUCAUUAUCCGCGCCUGCUCGGCCGGAUGGAUCGCCAGGGCAAACCGCGAGAGCAAGAGGACUGGUCCAGACCAAGCGAGGGCCCUCGUGUCCGUCUUGUCGGGUCUGGUAUUCUGGACAGGAACCAGCGUACCACUUCUUCUGGGCAUCAGCACCCUACCGCUGGCGACCCGGACAGCGCUUCCAGCCGGUGGCUUGCUAGUUGUGAUUGUCUCCGUGGCGAGCCGAGCUGACAGCUUGCUCAUCUCUCGAGCCGCGGGGUCCCGGCCGCCAGAGGCACCGUCACCUAGACGCAUUAACAUUAGUCGCGACAUCUCGACAUCUGACACCGACUAUCCUCCCAGUCGUUACGAAGACCUAAAGGAAGCUGCCAUUCGAUCUUCAACCACCUUUGUCAACCCUAGAGCCCCGCCUAGAGUGAAAGACGAGACAGAUGUCGGACUGCCCAUGGGGUUGGACUCUGGACUUCGAGGCGAGCCAAUCCCACCGCUCCCGACUGCUACCGCUGCCAUUUCUGGGCUCUUGCGAAAGAAGAGCCUGCUGAACUCCGGGAAGCAAAGGUUGCCUAUCAGCCAUCCCAUUCUCCAAGAACAUGAUGGCCAAACCCCCCUAAGCAGGAUAGCAGUCAUGGAUCUGGAACAGGCUGCGGUGGCAGAUAGGGAGAGGAGGGCGAGGCUCCAGGAAGACGAAGCUGUGACUGUCAGCCGCUCCGUUGCGCAGUCAAGGGGCAUGGCCCCCGAGGAUGUCAUGAAGCGCGCUGUCAGCCUCAAGCGAAAAGAGGUAGCUUCCGGGCGGGAGAGCGUCUUUCCGGGUGCUCUCCAGCCUGAAAGCGUGACUGUUGCAUCGACUACAUCGCUGCAGCUGUCUCCAGGCGGAGACGACACCCGGCGGAGAUCGCCUCGGCCGUCGCUCCAGGAAGAUUCGAUGCAGCUGCGGCCAGCGUCGCCCCCCGUGCAGGCACCGGAACCUGUGAAGGCACCAUCCGAUUCGCCGCAAACCCGACCGUUGACCGUGCUGCAGCCUCUUCUCAGAACUGACAUUCGGCCGUCGCGGAUGCUACCCCCGUCUCCGAAGGCGCCGCCUCCGGAACCGACAAAGACGCCUCUUCAGAGGCGUCCAACCAUUGGCCUUCCCACCAACCCAAGGGCGAGGGGCCUCAAGAUCGCCGAUGAAUCUGGCUCGCAACACCGAACCAUCCUGUUUUUGAACAACAUCGAGUAUAACGACCCGCUCACCGUUGAGGCCAUCAUCAAGGGUGCUGGUAACAACGUCCCGAAGCCUCGUCCCGUUGCCGAGACCCUCGACAGGACGACUUCUGUCAUCAACCGCCCGCGCCCUGUCCCGCGGAAGCCCGCUGAGUCGCCAGCCCAGGCUAGCCCAUCCCCUGGUCACAGGCGCAGCAAGUCUGGCGGCUCCUUGGUGGGCAGGAAGUCUCUCAUCGCGCAAUCUCCGGGGAGCCCGACUCAGCUUCCACCCCUCCCGUCGCUGCCUCGGAGUGCGACCGUUUCAUCCCGGCCACAGCCCAACGAUACCAAGAGCAUGACGUUUGAUGAGAAGCUCAAGUUCUUCUUUCCAAGUCCGCCAAGUGCAAGCGCGCCGAAGCGAAGAUCAUCCGUUCCCGAGGUCCCCCGAAUCCCCUUGUCGUACCUGGAUGCGGAUUCCUCUCCGAGCGAAGUGCCCGACAAGCAAGGUUCAGACCGGACAACAAAAGCGUCGAUGCGAACCGAAAGCUCGUUUGAAGUGAACGAGAUCCCGCGCCCACUUGAGAAAGCCUCGGUAAGCACCGCAAACGGAGCCUUAAGCCCGUGGCUUCGUGGCCGUGGCGGUGAGGAAGAUGAUGGCAGGCCAAAGAACAGACCAUCUGCGACGCAAUCAGGUGGGAAACGUGGUUCGUCCCCUAUCAUUCCAGAGGUCGCGGUGCGUGCGUCCGCCUGGACCGAGACGACCUACGACAGAUCUGAGGAGGAUACGAGCAACUGGAGUGCAAUCGCUUCUCCGGAGCUUGCGGUUGGUAUUCCGGUUGUACAGAAGGGCCUUCCGGCGGCCAUCCAAUUGCGCACGCGACAGGACGCCAGGGGCUCGGAGCUUUUUUCCCUGGCCGACAGUCGCAGCAGUGACAUCCUGCCAAUCAUGCUUGAAGCCCCUACCGUCGAGCGUACUGAGGCCCAGGGGUCGUUGCAUCCGGAAACCGAGCCAGCCGCCACGCCGGAACGCGCGACUUGGCAUCGGCGCGUGGGCGAUGAGUGCCCGACCUUCUCGGACAGAAAGGAGAAGGCACGCUCCAGGAAGAUGGCUCCUCCGGCACCGCUGGCGUUGAACGGUCCCGCCACCAAGACGACCGUCGCUAUCCAGGUAGAGCCAUCUCCGCUUGAGUCGCCAGCGCAGGCACUACAACAGAUCCGGGCGCAGUUGAGGAAACUCGAGCAGUUCGAGCAGGCUUCCCCUCAGAGCGCGUCACGGCGCCAAGCACUGCUCGAGGAUCUUGAACGUGAGAUGGGCCAGCAAGCGGAGCAUUGGCAGGAGAUCAAACAUGACAUCGGCCGUGACUCCAUGUCAAGCAUGCAGACCGCAUCGCGGCGCGAGUCCACGGCCAGUACCGUCAACCUGUCCGUCAGCGAAUCGUCUCACCGGCAGAGCAUCGGAGCUGAACGCAGAGCCUCGCGCAUUUCUCGGAUGCGGGACAACGCCCAGCCGAAGGUUCCUGGCGCAUCAGUACGGAACUCGGCGAGCCCGCAGCUGAGCACGUGGCAAAAGCGACUGACGGAAGCUCAAAUGGAUUACAUGGACGCCCAGCGCUUGCGUGGGAGCACCGUCAACUUCAUGCAGUUGACGAGGGCAAAGCUCGCCAGCCCAACCCCUCCCGACUCGGACGACUCCGAUCAAUCUGACCCUGAAAUGCCGCCCCUUCAGAGUGUUCAACGCAUUGAGCCAGUCGCCAAGCAGUCGCCAAUCGCUCAAUCCAAGACCGUCCUUCUAUGGGCCCCGAAGCCCAAGGAGCCGGCUGCUCGAUCGCAGCUGCUGUGGUCACCCCCCUCGAAGCCUGUCUUGGAGCCCGAGCCUCCUCUUCCUGGGCUCUCGGUCCGGCCCAGCCCAAGGAAGGAGUGGGCGCCUCUUCAAAUUGAGAGCUCGCACCUUUGGCGUAAGCCACACAACACUGCCCACCGCCCUGCAGAGGGCCUUUGGCGCCCAGUCUGGGCUUCGUCAGCGCCGCCUGCUCAACCAGUGACGAGGGCAACCUCCAAGUCGACGACCCCGUCGCCACGACCACCACGGCCGGUCACGCAACGACCUCCGCGGCGAAACAAGCGGGUGACGCUGCUCCCGGAUAUUCUGGAGAGCCCAGAGCCCCUCCCGGAUAAGCGGGGAACCCUGGGCAUCUUUCAAUUCCCCUGGGGCGAGAAGUCAGACACGGCGUCUAUCCAACCGCGCCCGAGCAUGUACAUGGCCAUGCCGGGUACCAUGGCCUCCGGCGGCCCCUCUCUCGGUGCGUCCUCCAGGCAGACGGAGCCCACUGAGUACUCGUCUUCGUUCUUUGAUGACUAUGACGACGAAAACGACGAUGCAGAAACGGACUCCGACGGGGACGACAGCGAUGACGGCUUUGACGAGACAACGCUCUGGGAGAUUGCCAGCCUCCUGAAGACAGAUACAGUGCCUUCCAGGGACAGCCUGCUGCCGCCGCCUUCCGAGUCGGUCGUAGAUGAUUACAUCGACGAGCUCGCCUCGGAUAACCAGGCACAGUCCCCUCGGCAGCAGUCGAUCAUCAUCGGCCUGGCUGAACCUCAAGAGCUGCUCCGUGAACAGCAGCGCGACUCGGCAACCAUCGAGAGCUCGACUUUGUUGAUGCUUGAGGAUACUCCGGAGUCCAAGACGCCGUCAUCCAAGCCGGCUGCCAGAACUGGCUUACCGGCAAACCCGAAGGCAGCUUUGAACGCUCAGGGUAUCCGCACUGCCAAGCCUGCCGUUGCCGACGCGCCCCCAAGACCCGGGAUGUCUCAGAUGCCAGCCCGCACCGUUGAGGUCCAGGGAGCCGAGACCACUCACCAGCAAGGAUUAUCCGGCCUGUGGAAUCCACCUCUCCGAGCAGAUCAGUCUUCUCCCCGACGAGGCUUGUUUGUGCCCGGAUCCCGCCGAUCGGACUACCGUGGCACGUCCGAGGAACCGGCUGCCAAAGACAUCAGCCGGAAACCUCGCGCCGCUGAGCAGAAGCCCUUGGACAUCUUGACGUCGACGCAACUCUGGACGCUUGGGCAUAGCAAGCUGAGUGAGCAAAACUGGUUACUAGGAACGUCAAAGACCAGAAAAGAAGGCGGCCGUGGGAUUUCUGUGCGCCGUCACCAGCGGCCUCAUGCAAGCCUUGAGGACUGGAAGUCAGCGUUGAACGAGGCAAUCACCGCCAGUUACCCGCGCACCAAAGAUCACGCCCGAAUUACUGCUAGUCCUGCCGAAUGGAAGGCGGCGCUUCAGGAGGCCAUUACUCUUUCUGCUCGGUCAUCGCGGCCGCGGCCAGCGGUGGAUCCUGCUGUGCGGCACCCCGUUUUCGCCGCCUCGUCUCUCAUCACUCGGUCCGAGUGGUUCCACCCGGCCGCGACGGGGUACACUUACAACGUGGCCGCCGUGCACCCGGUUUUCUUCGGCUCGCUAGCCAUCACCUGUCCCGAAGAGGCCGUGCACCCGGCCAUCUCGGCCUACGCAGCCAAGAAACUCCGCCGCCAGCGCUCCCGGCAGCGCACUCUUGAGCGGUCUGACUCCCGCAGCCGGAGCAGCAGCCGGGGCCGGCGCAAGGAGGAGACCCACGCACUUGAGAAGCAACAGCAGGGCGGCAGCCAAUCGUACGUGUCGAGCGACAUGCCCCCGCCGGUUCCGGCGGAGAUCUCCCGCCGCGACCCCAUCCAAGCGCAGAUCGAGGCGCUCGAGCAGGAGAGACUGUUCGUGGAGCGCGCCGCAAAGGCGGAGUACCGUCGCCGGACGAGCAUGGCCGCGCCCACCCCCAUAGGCGGCGAGCACAGCGCCCAGGAGUUUCAUCAACUCGAGGCCGAGGUCAUGCCGGCCGCGGCGGCGACGGUGCAGGACCUGCAGCGGCACCUGAGCCAGCAGAUUCGGCAGUCCCUUGUUUUCUCCGCCGCGGCGAAGCCGGUCCCUGUCCCUGCUCCCGAGUCCGUGUCCGAGUCGAGUCCCGAACCCAGCGCAAAGGCCCCGAGCACCGCCUCUAGCCCCUCCCACCGCUCCUCCGGGCGCCGUCCUCAACCAAGCGCUUCACAAUCGCCCGUCCACGAUGACGAAGGCCCGAAGGACGCACCGCGCCUAUGGACCCCUCCUCCUCCUCCCAGCAGCCGUUCCGUCCCCGCAGGCCCCUCUUCAACAACGGGCCUGUGGACGACGGCAAACCGUCGCGACCAUUCGGCGUCCCCGGACGCCUGGGCAGAGGAAGACGGCGAGGCGGUGGCGCAGCGCCGGCGGCGGCGGCGGGUGGUGCAGAAGCGGCGGCGGCGGGCGGAGAUCCGGGCGCAGAUCGCGGCGGUCGAGCAGGGGCUGAACCCGUUUGUGGAUUUCGCGGGCAUGGCGCUGUGGAGUGGCGGGCCCGGGCAGGGGCGGGAGAGGGAGAAGAGCAGAGGGAGAUGUAUUGCUCCCGAAUUCCUGCUGCUGCCUUUCGUCAACGUUGAUUCCGAGAUCCGGCCGGGCCAAACCGAGUCCGCCCUGGCCGGGGCCUGCCUCCCGUGUGGGUCCAGACACCUGCCCACCGUCACCGAGGUGUCAGGCCCGUUUGUGUGA